UUUGUCCCUGUUCGGCCACCGUCUCGACAGCGUUGCGAAGUAUUUCGUCCGCUCGCAGCCGCCGUCUCAGUUAUUAGUCACGGAGUUCCAGGGCAGGGGGACUAGAGUUAUGGGGGAGCAGGUUGUUGUUGCCGGUACCAUGGAGUCACCUUUUAGUCCCAGACUCUGUCACAGGCCCGAUGAAGACUGUGAUUCUACCCUGUUUGCUGAACUUGGUUAUUUCACAGAUACUGAUGAGCUGCAAUUGAGUGCAGUAAAUGAGACUUAUGAAAAUAAUUUUGAUCAUCUUGACUUUGAUUUUGAUUUAAUACCUUGGGAGUCAGACGUUUGGGACAUCAACAACCAAUUCUGUACAGUUAAAGACAUUAAGGCAGAAGCUCAGCCACCUUCUCCAACCUCCUCAAGUUGUUCAGUCUCAUCUCCUCAGUCAGUGGACUCUUAUUCUUCAACACAGCAUGUUCCUGAGGAGUUGGAUUUGUCUUCUAGUUCCCAGAUGUCUCCCCUUUCCUUAUAUGGUGAAAGCUGUAAUAGUCCUUCCUCAGCAGAGACAUUGACAGAAGAUAAGUCUGUAACUGGUCCUAGGAACAAGACUGAAAAUGGACUAACUCCAAAGAAAAAAAUUCCGUUGAAUUCAAAACCUUCCAUUCAGCCCAAGCCUUUAUUGCUUCCAGCAGCACCCAAGACUCAAACAAACUCCAGCAUUCCAGUGAAAACCAUCAUUAUUCAGACAGUACCAACACUUAUGCCAUUGGCAAAGCAACAACCAGUUAUCAGUAUACAGCCUGCACCCACCAAAGGUACCUGA